AUGCUAGCAGUUGUCGAAGCUGUGAGAUGCUGGAGGCCCUAUUUAUUGGGGCGACGAUUUCGAAUUGUAACCGACCAGCAGCCGUUCAAGCAUCUACUCGAGCAAAGGAUUGUUACCUCCGAGCAGCAGAAGUUUGUCUCCAAACUCAUGGGAUUCGACUUCGAGAUAGUCUACCGGCCGGG